GUUUUUAUAGCCAAACCUAACUUAACGCGCAGCAGCAUUCAAAUAAAGAUAAAAAAAAUAAUAUUAAUUACGUUACAAUGGGCAUUUCAUGGAAUGGAAAAAUGCGGAUAAACUAUGCUUCGAGGCACUUUUUCAUUUUUUCAUAGAUGAUUUAAUUUGAAAAGGCAAACUAAAACGUUGUCCAAACAUUAUUUUUCGUAUUAAUUUAGAUUAACGGCUAUCAUCUACCGGUAAAAAAUAAAACCAAUACAAAAGACUUCUAUCGCUAUCAAGCGACGAACUCACGGAAUGCAGAAUAUUACAAAAAAAGUCUAGCAUGUGCGUAAGCAAAAUUGUGUUAACUUAUAAAUACAUGUGCAUGGCUUUGUACCACCUACCACAAGCAUAACCUUGAUCGUCGUAAUGCGUAUCAUCUUUGGCACCAUUCACCACAAGAAACGAAGAAGCCGACGACCGUCAGCGCAUCGCAGCGCAGCAGCCGGUUGUUGAAACUUUUAGUAUUGACUUAUCGCUGUUGCGAACAGGACGGACGGAUAACAACGGACUCCAGUAGCGAUGCAUUCGAAAUCGUGGAUCAUAACGGCAGUGACAGUUGCACUGACCGUGACCGUGACCGUUGCCGCCCCUGUACGAGAGCAGGAUCCGGAGCUCGUUUACUUCGAAAAUGUGCGCGAUGAAAAUGGGUACAGCUUUUCCUACAAAACAAAGGAUGGCCAGUUCCGCGAGGAGCAAGGGACCAUCGACCCCGAGACGGGCAUUUUGCGUGUAACAGGAGUGUAUCGCUUCAUCGGGACCGAUGGCGAAACGUACGAGUACAGUUACGAGGCGGACGAGAAUGGGUAUCGCAUUGUAGAGAAGCCUCCUCCGGCAGGCAUCUCCAAUACGGUGUUGCUUUCGCUGGUUGGCUGACCAGACCAGUGAAGCAAAAGGUG